AUGAGCUCGCUGGACUUUCAAGAUCGACCAAAUUCUGCAAUAUAUCUUGGGUCACCGUUUACAGCCGCUCAGGACGCUGUUUUAUUUGACAACGACGCCGGGAGCGCACCCACCACGCCGCUCACCGACGCAGCGCACCGUCUGGGGACUUCUGGACCAUCGCAGCUGCCCUCUCCACCGCACACAAUCUCAACGAGCGGGAGUACAGGCGACAAGGACAGCGCCAACGCCGGCAGCAUCAGGAGGAAAGCUGGGGUACCUUUGCUAUCGGUCGUCCAUGACGAGGACGACGGUACACGGUCUCCCAGGAUGCAGAAUUGCCAUGAAAUGCAAUAUGAAGAUGACGAUGACGACCUUACACGACGACUGACGCCUGCAGAAAAGGCGGCACAGGCCAACAGGAUAACGCCAAAGAUUGAGCGAGCUCGCAAGCUGACAGAAAAGAAUACAGAGCUACUUGACAAGCUAAGUCGCAUUAGCAACUUGGGAAGUGGCCUACCGUCCGGAAUAAACAUGUCGCCAACACCUCGAACCGCUUCCCUCGGGCGAACUGCUAGCGCGACAAAUGCCACCUCGUCCAUGCGCCAUGCAAGCCUUGUGCUACCUCGAACGCGCGAUGUCUUUGACCAAGAUGCAGAGCCGGAUCGUUUGAUGAACCGUUCUGUCUCCGGCUCGGUUUCAGAAGACGAUCGUGCCAAAACACCACCCGCCAAAACGCCAGACAAACGCUUUUUGGAAAUUAGUCCCAGACAGAGGCUAGUCUCCGAACCGACGACGCCCAAUCGUUUGAAUUUGCUGCGAAAUACGAUGAAUGCGGCAACUUCCCUACGAAGGGGGACUGGGCUUCGAAGCGAGUACAUACCUGAGGACGAUGAUAAGAAGGGCCCAGUAAAUGGAUCUGCGAAGAAGUCGAGGACGCCAAUACCUUUAGAGUUUAUGGACAACGCCAGGACCGCCACUCCAUCUCAAGUAGAGGACACAGAUGGGACUUUGCUCACGAUUGCACGUCCCACUUCCAGUCGACAGCCAUCGCCGGGUCUUUACACCUCCGAAGGUUCUCCUUCAAUGGGAUCUCUCUCGGCAACGCUAGGAGAGUCAGCUACCGUGUCCAGGCGUCCGAGACCCGCUGGUCUUCGAAACUCGUACGACAGAUGGGGAGAGCCCUAUGAAAACUGGGAGAAAGCGCAAAUGGAGUCACAAAAUCAAGGGGAAAUUAGUCCUGGGACAGAAACAGACGUAUCUCAACAACGACGUCCUGGCAUUCGCAGCGUCGUCAACGAGGGACUCAAAGCUGCCGGUCUCACCCGCGCGUCCACAGCCGUGUCUUCUAUGCGUCGUGCACGAGAAGAAACGGUUACUCGUAGCCGCACCUCCAGUAGCCUAGCGAUCCGCAAUGAAUCACUCGUCACAUCACCGACAAGCCUCGACCCCUCCAGCGCUCUCAGCCGCUUGUCUUCCGAAAGGGAACGUUCUCGAUCCAGAAUAGAUGAGCGAGCUACGACGGAUAUCGACAGUUUGCGAGAGCGUAGUAGUAGCGCGAGGCACACCUUCUUCUCCCCCAACGUCCGCGCCACGAGAACCAUCCACAACGUCCUCAGUAAUAAACCCCCGGAGAGCCCAAAUCAAAGUCCGGAUCAGCUGACGCCAAUGGAUGGACGUGAAACGCCGGCAAACCUUCGACUCUUCAAAUCUAAUUACUCCAGCACGCCAAUGGGCAAGGCCUACACAUCACCCAGCGGUACCCAGAGACAUCUUCCGGCACGAUCCGUUGCGAGCAAUGUAGGACUCGACAGUCCCAGGCAAGCUGGAACGGGCCUCAAUGCCAACAACAUGUCCUCCAAUAGUCUCAAUCCGGACGGAGGACCCGUCCAACUCCUCAAUGAUGCCCUUUACAUGUUCGAAUCCCACGUUCAGCGAUUGCCCCAGUCGUCCUCGACACCCGACACCUACGGCGAGGUGCUCCGCGAUGCAAAGGGCAUUGCUAGUGCUGCUGCUGCACUGAAUGUUGCGCUGCGCAGCGCGGCCGGCGUCUGCGUUGACGAGCAGAUUGAGGCAGAAGUGCAGGCUCAGAGCGAAUCAAACACUGAAAGCCACCUAUCUCGAGCAGAGGUGUGGAAAAAAGUAGCCGCUGAAUUCCGCGAGGAUGUGCGCGUGUCAGACGAGCUUGUUCGCGCUCUGACGAGUUUUAUGAUCGGCACUGGACGGAUGCUUCGAUCGGCCAAUACCACGAAUCACUCUAGGAUGCAAAGCACGGGUGAUGCGUCUAGUGCUGUCGGAAGCGUUUCACGGGCCAGUGGAACUGCGCUAAUUCGGGGCGGGAGCGUUCGUGGCGCCGGAAGCAGUGACGGGCGGAGAAGCGUGGAGGGAUGGACCAGGGGGAUCGGCAUGGCUGGUGGAGAUAGGAGAAGUGUCGAUGGGCGCCCAAGCCAUGAUGGACGGCGAAGUGUUGAUCCUGCUCCGUAUAGUGCUCGACGCUCGGCCGAGGAACACAGAGAAGAUACGAUGAGACGUCUGAAUGCUCGUCAAGCAGCACUCGACCAAUUGGAAGGUGGAAGCACUGGUAGUGGUGGAGGAAGCUCUGGUCCGCGGUUCGGCAGUCAUCGCGUGUCGUACAAUGACUCUCGGUCUCAAACGUCGCUCAGCAUGAUCCGCGAUGUCCCAAGACUGUCCCAAGACGAAUCUCUAUCGUCACCUGGGCCUCGAACGUUUACCUCGCUGUCAUCACGUAGAUCCACCGGAGCACCGACACCCGCAAUGAGCCAGAAGGCUCUUCCCAAGUUGCCUUUGCCACCCGCCGGUGGUGAGCUUAGUUUUCCGCAGACGGAAGAUGGCGGAGACAGGACCCCGAUUGAGUUGCCUAGACCACAUAAUCGACAUUCGACCAUGCCGGCGCUGGCAGUUCCACCACCUCUCCCGACACUUCCUUCCGAGCGGAUCAUUCAGCAAAGCAAGACGCCGUCCAAGCAUGGAGCCUCCAAUUCGGUCACCUCUGCGUCCACAACGUCGACUACGCGGCCAAAGACACUGACUAGAAACACUAUGAUCCUUUCGUCUCCGUCCACAGACCUCAGUACGCCUACACUUUCAUCCACUGGCGAGCGGUCUAGACGCCCGAGCGCAUCCUCUGUCACCAGUCCGUUUUCAAUGGGUCGUACGAGGGGGAGCGCAAUUCUGAAUGGUAUGAACCAGUCUACUGUCAAUGCUCAAAGCCGAAAACGCACCAUUUCCAUCACGGAUGAUGAUGGCUUCCCGGCACCAAAGGAGAAUCAACCCACUUUGACGUCCUCCGCUGAUGUGCUUGGCUCCCACUCGAGAGCAGCUGGAGGAUGGAGCAGUGCGAAUGCUAGCCCGACGAUAGGUGCUCGAGGUGCGAGUGGACGGCCGUUGCUCAAUCGCCGAACGAGCAGUACACUCUCCGGUGCUCCUCCCGUCACUAGCCCUGGCCUUUCCACUGCCCCUUCAGCUGCAAAGCCCCGAGUUGUCUCCCGCAUGUCGAGCACGGGUAAUUUGGAGAAUACGCAGCGGGAAACGAGUCCAAGGCACAAUCUCGUUAGCGCCGAAGCCACUCAGGGAACGGAUAGCGGUCAAGACGACGAACGUCGUCUAAGGCGUUCACGCACUUGCUUGCUGCAAGGAGAGCGGGGACGACUCGACCUCGAGGAGGCACCGGUGAUUAUCGAGAUGACCCAAAUGGGUCGCCUAGUCUUGGUGCAAGAGACAGGCGAGAGAGAAGGCAGGCGGAAGCUCUAUGAGUGCCGACCUGUCACAAUCCAAGACAUUUUGUAG